CUUGCGCGACGCGAGCUCUCUACCAAACAUUUUUUCUUUCUUUCCGUAUGAUGAAAAUCUAUUUCCAAAUUUGGAUAAACCCCUUUGCUUAAAUCUAGCUGAUGAGAAUUUGUUGGUGACGAUUUCAUUGUGCCAAUGAAUUGAUUGUGAAUAUCUAAAGCAGUGACGACGAACUUAGUUUAGCAGCAUGAAUUUGUGUUUUCAAAAUCCUGUAAAGUGUGGUGAUCGCAGUUCCUUGUUCUCCGCCCUGAAGACCUCUAAUUUCGCGCAGUACAAGCUUGUUUCGUCGAGAUUGGGGUUUGAAGGUCGAGAAUUAGAGAAUCGGAAGAGAAAUCCUACGGCUGCAGUGAGAUCUGUGUCCCCAAGUGCGGUUGGUACAGUAGAAGGAACGAAGAGAGAUGAAAUCAGUGGAGGAGAGAGUGUGUACGACGCCAUUGUCAUCGGCUCGGGGAUUGGAGGACUGGUUGCUGCGACUCAGCUAGCUGUGAAAGAAGCUCGGGUUUUAGUUCUGGAGAAAUAUCUGAUUCCUGGUGGGAGCUCCGGUUACUACGAAAGAGAUGGAUAUACUUUCGAUGUUGGGUCUUCUGUGAUGUUCGGUUUCAGCGAUAAGGGGAAUCUAAACUUGAUAACUCAGGCGUUGAAGGCGGUUGGUCGUAAGAUGGAGGUUAUACCUGAUCCUACCACUGUCCAUUUCCAUCUUCCCAAUGAUCUGUCUGUUCAGGUUCAUAGAGAAUACGAUGACUUCAUCACUGAACUCACGAGCAAGUUUCCCCACGAAAAGGAAGGGAUCCUCGGAUUCUAUGGCGACUGCUGGAAGAUCUUCAACUCAUUGAACUCUCUGGAACUAAAGUCACUUGAAGAGCCUAUCUACCUUUUUGGACAGUUCUUUCAGAAGCCGCUUGAAUGCUUGACACUCGCUUCUAACUUGCCCCAAAAUGCUGGGGCUAUAGCUCGGAAGUACAUAAAGGAUCCUCAGUUGUUGUCUUUCAUUGAUGCAGAGUGUUUCAUUGUAAGCACGGUCAAUGCUCUGCAGACGCCGAUGAUCAAUGCAAGUAUGGUUUUGUGUGACAGGCACUAUGGAGGAAUAAACUACCCGGUUGGUGGCGUUGGUGGGAUUGCCAAGUCUUUGGCAGAAGGACUUGUUGAUAAAGGCAGUGAAAUACUCUACAAGGCUAAUGUCAAAAGCGUAAUACUUGAUGAUGGAAAGGCCGUCGGUGUAAGGCUUGCAGAUGGAAGAGAAUUUUUCGCUAAAACGAUAAUCUCAAAUGCUACAAGAUGGGAUACCUUUGGGAAGCUGUUAAAAGGAGAAAAGCUUCCAAAGGAAGAAGAAAAUUUCCAGAAAGUAUAUGUUAAGGCUCCGUCAUUUCUUUCAAUCCACAUGGGUGUUAGAGCAGAGGUUCUUCCCCCAGAUACAGAUUGCCAUCAUUUUGUGCUUGAGGACAAUUGGAAGAAUCUGGAGGAGCCUUAUGGUAGUAUAUUCCUCAGCAUUCCAACCAUUCUUGAUCCAUCUUUGGCUCCAAAUGGUCGACAUAUUCUGCACAUAUUUACAACUUCUUCCAUCGAGGAUUGGGAGGGACUCUCUCCAAAAGAAUAUGAGGCGAAAAAAGAAGACGUGGCAGCUAGAAUAAUAGAGAGGCUAGAGAAAAAACUGUUUCCAGGGCUCAGUUCAUCUAUUACGUUUAAAGAGGUGGGCACACCAAGAACACAUAGGCGAUUUCUUGCUCGGGAUAAGGGAACUUAUGGGCCAAUGCCGAGAGGAAUCCCAAAAGGUUUAUUGGGAAUGCCGUUCAAUACAACUGCUAUAGAGGGUCUAUACUGCGUUGGGGAUAGUUGUUUUCCUGGUCAGGGAGUUAUAGCUGUGGCUUUCUCAGGAGUGAUGUGUGCUCAUCGCGUAGCUGCUGACAUUGGGCUUGAGAAGAAAUCACGAGUACUUGAUGCUGGCCUUCUUCGUUUACUUGGUUGGCUAAGGACUCUCGCAUAAUUCUAGGGGGUUGCAGGGGACAAGGGUAGUGAAUGUCAAUGGAAAUAUUCCCAAAGUCAAUGAAAGCGGCUUUGCUAUGAACAGGAGGAUUCAAUGAGAAGAACCAAUCAGCGUUGCACAUAGAGAAGAGACGUGUUGAUCUCGCUUUCUCAUUUACUCUUAGAUACAAAGAUAUACAGUCUCAACAACCUUUCUACUAGUUGCUAAAAAGAGAGCCCAUUGACGUUGAACAUUGUGUAUCAUGUUUUAUGCUUUUGGAAAAUUUGAUUUUUAUUUUCCGCUGAUCGUUUUGGUGGACGAAACUGGCAUAAGAAACCCACUUACACUCAAAUUCGUUUUCAACUACUCGGCAUAGUUACGCUAACCCAUGUUUGG